CAUUCAAUACGUAUUUCGCAAGACAUAUACGAGAUAUCACUCUCUCAUUUCGAUAUGUCCGAGCAGGAGGCCGCCACUCAAGCUGAACAGGCUCCUCAGGCCGAGGAUGCUCAGGAACUUGCUCAGGAUGAGCAGGCUGAGGCUCAAGCCGAGCAGCUCUACCAGCUGAAGAUCAAGCUUCCUCACGCCCCCCAUGUCGUCGACAUGGUUGCUUCUCCCCACGAGACCGUCCACGAUAUCCGCCAAUCGAUUAUCGAACUCCCCUACACUUCCGACAACACAUGUUUCCACCUCGAAUACAAUGGCCAGACCAUCAACGACUUCUCCGAGAUUGGCGACAUCGAGGGAUUGUCCCACGAGAACACCGAGAUCGUCUUGAUUGAGGACCCCUACACCGAGAAGGAUGCACGGAUACACUUUACCCGCGUCAAGGAUUUGCUGGCUGGGCCUGCUGCUGCUAAGAACGCUGGAUUCGCUGGUGCUGCUGGAAUCAGCGCCGGUAUCUCUUUGUUCGAGACGAUUGAUUUGGAGGUGAAGGAGGGUAAGCCGCAUGCGAUGACUGGCUACGAGAUCGACGCACCGGCAAAGCUUUCCGAGUUCAUUCCCGCACCAGAUGCCAGGAAGGGUAACGGUGUGCCCAAGGCGGUCCAGGGUCUCGCAAUUUCCGCAUGGAACCCCCCACCAGCACCUUACCGUAUGAAGGGUCACUUGCUCUACUUGCAGGUCGCUACUCUCGAGGGCGAGCAGUACCAGAUCACCGGCCACGUCGGUGGUUUUUACGUCAACAAGUCCUCUAACAACAAGUUCGACCCAUCACCAAAGUCUGCCCACAAGGACAACUACGCUCACUCCCUCAUCACUCUCCUCGGUCAGCUCUCGCCCAAGUUCAAGAAGGAGUUCGCCAAGAUUCAGGAGCUGACUCAGUCUUGCGACCCCCUCGCUACUGUGCCUAUGACUAACGCUAUCCCUGCUUCCCCGUGGUUGGUUCACCCUGAGCAGCACACCUCCGAUUCUACUCGCCCUCAGGAGGCUUUCUUGACGGCUGGUACCGACAACCUCGACUCUCUCCGUGACUGGAACGAGGAGAUCCAGUCUACCCGUGAGCUUCCCCGUGCCAACGUUCAAGAGCGUGUCCUCCGCGAGCGUCUCUUGGCUAAGGCCCAUGCCGACUUCGCCGACGCUGCCGCCCGUGGCGCCAUGGCUGUCGUCAAGGGUGAGGUCCAGGCUUUGAACCCCUUAGAGGACACGGAUGCCCAGAUGUUCGUCUACAACAGCAUCUUCUUCUCCCGUGGUUACGAUGGUGUCGGAACUUUCGCCAAGGAGGGUGGUGACGAUGCUGCUCGUGCCGCUGUCGGAAAGGAUGUCGCUGGUGUCAGGUUGUACAACAUGAUGGAUGUUAACGGUCUUUGCGUGUUGGGUACUGCUGUUGUUGACUACAUGGGUGAGCGUAUUGUUGCGCAGUCUGUUGUUCCCGGUAUUUUCCGUCAGCGCGAGGAGGGUGACUCUCAGAUCAUCUACGGUGGUGUUGACGGCAAGGAUGUCGUUGCUGAGGACGCUUCUUUCGAGCCUAUGUUCCAGGAGGUCGCUAAGGCUCUUCACAUCAAGACCCACCCUGUCUGGGACAAGGAGGGUAAGAGGCACGAUCUUGCCGCUUCCGUUGAGACUAAGGGUUUGGCUGGUUGCGAUGGACGUAGGUACGUCCUCGACCUUUACCGCCUUACCCCUCUCGACAUUGAGUUCUUGGAGGAGGCUUGCCCUAAGACUUUCGAGGAGGGUGCUGAGGCUGAGGAGGGUAAGGAUUACCCUCACCGCAUGACUACUCUCCGUGCCGAGUUAAUUGAGACUUUCUGGGAGGGCAAGCUGAAGGCAUGGGUUCAGGUUGAGGUUGAGAAGAAGAAGGCCGCCAAGGCUACUGAGGAGCCUGAGAAGACUGAGGAGGCCGCUGAGCCCAAGGAGGAGAAGGCUGAGGCUGCUGAGGGAGAGGAGACUGAGGAGGCCGAGGAGAAGAAGCCUGAGCCCCAAGAGCGCAUCGACAUCUCCGGGUUCGAGUACUCUCUCAACCCUGACGCUUUCUCUGGUCAGGUCCCCCAGACUGAGGAGGAGAAUGCUCAGCUCGAGAAGGACGAGGUUGAGGUCCGUGCUGCUUCCAAGUUCUUGCGCGAGGAGGUUAUCCCCGGAAUCAUCUCUGACUUCAAGGAGGGUCUCAUCGCCGCUCCCUUGGACGGUCCCGCUUUGUCUCGCAUGAUGCACAAGCGUGGUAUUAACAUGCGUUACCUUGGUAAGGUUUACGAGUUGACUGCUACCAAUGACAAGAAGCUUAAGGCUGUCCGUCAGCUCGCCGCUCAGGAGAUGGUUGCCCGUGCCACCAAGCACGUCUUCAACUCUGUUUUGAGGGGUUUGCCUGCUCCUCUUGUCAGCUCUGCUGUCGCUCACGUUCUCAACUGCUUGGUUGGCUUCAAGCUCAAUGCUAAGCCUGAGGCUGUCGUCGAUGCUGGGUUGAAGGCUAUUUACAAGAACACCGAUCUUGGUUUCACCGCGCUCUCUGUCGAGUCCAUCCGUGCUCGCAUUACUGAGCAAACCCUCCGUCGCUUCAGGGCCAACACCUUCGAUGUUAACGCCUGGUUCGAGACUGACAUGCGUCCCGUUCAGCUCCUCCGUGACGUCGCCCUCAAGAUGGGAUUCCAGUUGAAGGCUCAGGACUACGAGUUCGCCCCCGUUGAGAAGAAGGCUGAGGUGCCCAAGGCCAACGGCGCUGCCACCCCUGAGAACACCUCUGCUACUCGUUCCAACGGCUCUGCUGGUAAGAAGUCGAAGGCUGAGAAGAAGGCUGCUCAGAUCGCUGCUCAGGCCGCUGCUGCUGCCGCCGCCGCGGAGGCUGCUCGUCAGACUGCCCAGAGGAAGGUCACCUUCCUUCCCGAGGACUUGGUUAACGUCGUUCCUGUCGUCAAGGAAGCUUCCCCGAAGUCUAGCCUUGCUGAGGAGGCUUUGGAGGCUGGUCGUAUGUCCAUCAUUCAGGGCAACCGCGACCUCGGUGUCGAGCUUCUUCUGGAGUCUCUGUCCCUUCACGAGCAGAUCUACGGUGUUUUGCACCCCGAGGUCGCUCGCGGAUACAACUCCCUUGCUAUGAUCUACCACCAGCUCGAGGAGAAGGCUCUUGCUUGCGAACUUGCCCGUAAGGCUGUCAUCGUUGCCGAGCGUUCCCUCGGUGUUGACUCUAGCGAGACCAUCCUUAACUACUUGAACCUUGCUUUGUUCGAGCACUCAAACGGUAACUCCCAGGUUGCCCUUGCUUUGAUCAAGCACGCUUUCACUUACUGGAAGGUUGCUUACGGAGAGGGUCACCCCGACUCUGUCACUACCAUGAACAACGUCGCUGUUAUGUUGCAGAGCGUUAAGGAGUACAAGGACUCUUUGACCUGGUUCGAGGCUUCCUUGAGAGUUUGCGAGGAGCUGUUUGGUGAGAAGAGCAUUAACACUGCUACUCUUUCCUUCCAGCUCUCCCAGGCUCUUGCUCUCGUUCAAGACGCUAAGGGUGCUGUUCAGAAGAUGCGUGAUGCUUACAACGUUUUCAAGGAGGAGCUCGGUCCCGAGGACAAGAACACCAAGGAGACUGAGUUCUGGCUCGAGCAACUUACUCAGAACGCUGUCAACAUUGCCAAGGCGGCUAAGCAGAGGGCAUCGCUCCCUCCUCGUGUCUUCCUGAACGCUCAGCCUCAACAGCAGGCUCAGCAGCAGAUCAAGGAGAAGGCUUCCCGUGGACCCCGCGGUACCGAGAACUUGGACGACUUGGUCAACUACAUCAAUGGUGCCCAGUCAUCCGCCUCCAAGAAGACCAAGAAGAAGUCUAAGUCUACUUAAGCUUCCCGUUCUAGCAUUAUGAUAUGACGACGUGUACGAAAAGGAGGAAG